UUUCGUACAUUGACGCCACCGGGUGUAGCCACUCCCAAGACGGGAUCCGACGACGUUGUGAAAGGACAUUUCUUGCAAUACGUGCAUUACAAGUGCCAGUCUCUACACCCGUACAACCACCACUACAGCCCACCACAUCUACCAGGAAUGAAGUUUGGGGAGCAGUUUGACAGGGAGUCUGUCCCCCAAUGGCGAAUCCAUAACAUCGACUACAACUCGCUAAAACACUACAUCAAGGCGCACACCACCAGGUCUCAGGGAACCGCGAUUGCCAUUCCAGGCCACCAAGCCGCCGCACUCUCAAAGUUUGAAGACGACCUCUAUGACGAGCUUUGCCGACAACAUGAUCGUGUCGACCUGUUUGUAUCAAGCAAAGCGGACGAAAUAGCGCGCCGUCUUCAACACUUGUCCAAUCAAAUACACGCCCAUAUUGUCCGAUGCGCUGCCUCUACGAGAACGCGCACUUCGACCAAAAGACAGCGCCAAUUUGCAAGAUACGAACAAGAAUUGCUACAAUGCGGUGACGAGAUCCAGGCCCUCCAACGCUUUGUCAAUGCGCACACCGUUGCCUUUCGCAAGAUUCUAAAGAAGUACCGGAAAUGGACGGGCUCGGCGACUCUCGGCUCGCGGUUCAGGGAAACCAUCCUGGCGAACCCCAAAAGCUUCACCAAACGUGACUUCUCCCGGCUUCAAUCACAAUACGAAAACCUGCUACAGACGAUACGCUCUGCCUCGCCGAGAGAUUCGAGUCGCAGUGGCAGUUCCUCUCCACCUACCCAGCCCGCCACGCCCACCCGCCCGACCGGCGCUGGGGAACAACGACUCGCGCCUAACGUGACCAUUGUUCCCGAGGAUGAUGCCCCGACAGGAUAUUGGAACGAAUAUGACCACGGCAGCGAAGCCGGCGACGAUCGUUGCGAUGAAUAUGCCAUCUAUAUCAACCCGGAUGAAGAGAUGAAAUUCCCUGGUGUAAGCAGCAUAAUGAACUGGAUCUCGUCGCCGAUGAAGAAGAUUAUGGGGCGUGGUCAGGAAUCAACACCAGACCAACGCGCAAACGAAAGUACAGAACAGCAGCCUCUACUAGGAUCCUCGCAAACCCAGUCGACCGACCGGUACGGCGCUACCCUCGCGCCGCCCAGCUAUUUUACAUACCCUCCUGGCGUUGCCCCCAUCGACACCGACAUCGACGAUGACAACGCCAGCGAUCGCUUCACAAACUCGCCUCCACACAGCUUCAGCCGUGAUCGUUGGCGCGCCGAGAGAAGAGGCUCUUACGGCUAUGCGUCUUCUGAGGAGUUCCCGGAGUCGGGCUACCGAAGCCUAGAACAACAACGCAUUGCACGCCAUCGUGACGAAACGUUGUUUUGGGGCACUUGGGGCUGCUACCUGGUCACGUUUGUGCUGAUGGGUAUUGCGACAAUGUUGAUCAUGACGGGCCGCCACAAGAUGAGAAUGGAGGUAGAUGCUGGCGUGACAGUCGGGAUCGUCACCUCGCUGGGCACGGCAGUCGCUGCGUUGUGCUUGUGGAAUUCGAGGCACGAGUUUCAAGCACCUUCAGUGAUAGGAGAGAUUGCGGUGUGGGUGACAUUUGUAGUGGCGUGCGUCGGCAAUGCGAUAUUGUUGGUCUUGAUGGUGGGAAAGGCGCCCUGAUGGCUGCCAAUGCUUAUGCGAUCAUGCAGGUGAGAGUAUGUUGCCCAUGCCAAGGGCCAAGGGGAUACGGGAGCCUUGAAGCUCUUGACAACCGAUAUACAGCAACUCAUGUGUUGCACAUAGCUUUGUUCAAAGGCCUUGGAUAGCUCAAAGGACAACAUUGAAUAGACAGACAGCGGAUCGGGGCUACCAGACCCACAACGCCAUCUAGCAGAUAGAUCAUUUUGAUGACUGAUCCAAAAACAGACAGUACUAUACAUUCACCC